GUUCCUGCAACAAAUUCCAGAAACAAGCAAGCGACUGACUGGGAGAAGCAGCGCCUCCGCUAAAGAUCCACCGAUAAACGAAGGAUCUAGCGAACGAAGAGCAUACCCUCGCACAAGGAGACGCCGCCUCUCCAUCAACGACCUCGCGAGACCUCUCCCAGAGUCCACUACAUUCCACAGCAACGGCAUUCCGAACAAGUCUGUCGAUCGACCAAGAAGAACAUCCACGCCGCUUGAACCCACACCAGCUUGCACCACGAUGAAUAUUUCCAUUCCCAACACGAAGUUUUCCCACUCAGACUACGAAAGCAAGAUGAUGGAAGCACAGUCUCUCUUCCGACGCGUCGUCAAGGCGGAACUGCAGCUGCUUCUGGAUCAGAGCAUUCCUAGGGACUUGGCGGUAAAGAAUUUGCUUCAACGUAUCGUCAAAAGCGCGACCGACCCGUCCGAGAGCGAAGUGCGCAAGGUCAUGUACCAGUUCCAAAUCAAUCGCGACGACGCUGUCCGCGCCCUCAUUGUCAAGCAAGAACUUGGGCGGUUGAAGCAGCGUGGCUUGAAUUCGUUCGCGGCGAUCAACGAACUCACGUUAAAGAUGCAAUUGCUGCUCCCAUUGUCUCCCAUGAGUAACCGAGACACAGACGACGAAGCUCCAGAACACGUUGUUCCAUCAAUCCAAGACGCAGCCACCGCCACCCCUUCCUCCACUGCGAUUGACGUGGCAAACCCAUCCGUCCUUUCCGACGCGCCACAUCAUCCCACCACCACCGAUACAUCCCCCAUCAAACCAAAGCGAAAAAGAAAGGCAAUGGAUUUGUUGACGUCGCCGUCCCACGGCCUUGCUACUAGCGCUGCGUCGUCGUCACAAGAAGAACCCCGCGUGCCUUCGCCGCCACCGGUGCUUGCAGAACUCGACGACGUGAAUGCUGCUGCGUUGUCGAAGGAAGUGUCAUUGUGUCAGCGCAUUGGCAACUGCUCCAUCUCGUCGUCGCCCGUAGCUACUCCAGACGCGUCCUCCCAGUCGUUGGUGUCAGUGCCGAAAUCGUCUCGCAAACGGCGCAAGGUGGAGGGUGGCGACAAAGCCAGCGUCAUGGGCGACAAGUCACGAUACGGCACGAAGAAAAAGUUGCAUCUGGACGUGGACCACAAGUUCAAAGCGCAGUUCCACGACAACUUUGUCAAGCUUACCAGCAAUCCCCCAAACAAAUCUAGCAAACGAGCGUGGGCCAAGAGCAGCAGCAGCAGCGACGCGACCACCAUCGAGAAUGACUCCAUCAUGGACGACGCUGCUACCACCCCUCGCUAUAACCCCAAGAAGCACCGCACUGAUUAAGUUAACACGACGAUACCAGUUGAUGGAUCUUUGGAACAUGUUUUUGCCCCAUUGAACCAACGAUGCGAUGUCGUCGUCCUCCAAGGAUAGCGCCAAGUCGUGUAAAUACAUGUUAAAUACUGGUAGAUGGGAUGGUCAAGGCCUGUACAUGGCGUCGGGACGGCUGGCUGUCUCGGUCGAGUUGUCAAAGGGAAUGCGCAGCGGGUUCUGGUCCGUGUACAUGGACGUCCCCAGCGGCCCGACUUGGACGCCUCGGAUCUUGUACUCGAUGUAGUUCAAGCAAUGAAUGAAACUGUCGACGGGACGGCCGAUGGGGUCCCAGUUGGCGCCUUCAAACUGGAACCACGAGUCGUUGCCGCUGGUGGUGCCGGUCAACAACGUGUCAAGGAGGUAACCUUGGGGGACGCCGUACUGCACGUCGUUGGAAAAGUGCGACGAAAUCCGCGAAUACGUCGACGUGGAAAUGGUCCGGAACAGUUCGUAGAAUCGACCUUGGUCGUUCUCGACAACGACAUGCGCGCCCUUGACGAUCUCCAUCAUGAGCUUCCGCUUGCGACUUACAAGCUGGGUGAAGAGCGUGCCCAGAAGCUGCCGUUCGAUAUCGAUGGGUUGCACGGCACGCGACUCGGGAAUGCGCAACUCGACGAUGCCUUUGGACACUGCAUGGGGGAUGAAGUCGGCGUUGACAAACGCGUUCAUGAGAUCAUGGAGCGUCGCAUCGAGGGUCAUACGUUGCAUCAUGGAGAACAACAGCAGGACGCAUGCUACUACAACGGCGACAAGGGUGUAAAAAAGUGACUUGAUGUGAUGGUGGUGGUGGUGACGUUGUUUCCGACGUUUGCGGUUGUGGUGAUGAUGAGGCGCCUUGUGAUGCGGCGGCAGUGUGAGGCGGUCGCACACAGGAAGGCAAGCUUCGAAGUCCACGGAUGUGGUCUCAUGUGGAGGCAUCUACUAGGACCCUUCUAGUCCCUUCCGCGAGGACCGAAGGAUAUGCGCUGAUGAUGAGCGAGAAUGAGUGAGGAGGAUGAG